AGUAAUUUGCGCUAGUUUUGUCCCUCUAUAUAGUCAAUGUCUCAUCAGCACUUUCAGCUAUGCAGCUUUUAGGGGGAAAAUGUCAGUCUGCAGAGAUCAUAGAAAGUUAAAGGUUGCUGUUGCAAAACUGUAAAGUAAUCUCUUUUUCAAGUGACACUUUUGGAUGUAACUAUUUUUUUACAAGACCCAACAAUAAUGUCAUACUACAACUGUCAGCUAAAGGUACACACAAUAGUUGCCAUAGUAAUCAGGUACUAACUCUGGCUAACUUCCUAAAGUCCUUGCAUAAGUGAUAUGACAAUUCCCCUUUAACGGAUACAUUCUUGCACUGUCACCAUGGUGUCACAACCCUUUUUGCAGUCAUCACGUCUGCUCUGAUUUAUUCAUACAAACGUAUGCACAAAUAACUUUUGACAAUAUCAGUGCCUUAAUGAAAACACAUUUCAAAUCAAUAAGGCCUCAAAUGUCCUGCAAAAAGUAUAGCCUGCCUGAAGCACAGCGUAAUGCCUUAGCAACAUAUCUUUUCAUCAGCAGCGGCAGCGAAGUGUGUGAUGUUUGUGACAUUUCCAACAGUGACCUUUCACAUCACUGAACCUCUGAACUGCCCCCAACAGUGAAUACAAAGGGGGGUAUGGGUCAAAAAGAGGGACGUUGAAUCCAGAUAGCAGGAUCUUUUACACCAAGAGCAAUGUCAGGAACGAUGUGCAGCAGCAACAGUGUUGUUCAGACACAAAAGCUGGUGGAUCAACUUCGGCUGGAGGCGAGCAUGGAGAGAAUCAGGAUCUCCCUGACAGCAGCAGACUUGAUCCAGUACUGUAAAGACCACAGGCGCAGUGACCCUCUGCUCACCGGCAUCGCAGCGUCGUCCAAUCCUUUCAAAGAUAAGAAGACCUGUACGCUGCUUUGACAGUGCUGAGUACAGAUGAUCAUCACAUAUGACUGCCAAAUGGCCGACCAAUGUUUGAGAAUGCAAAUGUUGCUUUUCUACUGUCAAAUGUGUGUGCAAGUAUAAACUAACUAUGGCAAUAAAUAUGUAACUAGUC